GUUUCGUUCAUCUUCUCCAAUUUUCUUUCUCUAAAUUAUGUAACAGAUAUUAUAGGAUCAAUAAAAACAAAAAGGUUGAUGCAAAUAGUCUUUUAGUUAAUAGGUUUUGGAAUACUUACAAGUCUUUGUUACGCUAAUUAGAUUACAAAUAGUCUGCUCAUUGCUUAUUAUGUAUUUCUUCCUUUGACGUGGUUAAGAGUUUUGUCAUCGAGCUUGUUUUUUGUUUCAUAGAUUUUUAAAGAAAACCAAACUAAAUCUAAACCAAACCGAACUAAACUGAACCAAACUAAACCCAAACCGAACCCAAAUCAAAGCUACUGUGGUUUUAAUUGGGUUGAGUUUUAUAAAACCCAAAUUAACCAAACCAAACCGAACCCAAACCGAACCCGAAACUAAACCGAUAUGCCCACCCCUAGUUUUCGCAACAAGUAAAAUCGAAAAAAUUAAUACAUGAUCCAGUAAUCCAAUAUUUUAAAAUUAAAAAAAAAAAACUAUAAGAAUCGUGGGGACUUCGAAUCCAAGAUUCUGAUUCAGAUUUGUGAUCCAUUUUUAAAGAAAUAAAAAUGAUUAGCAUUUGCAUCUUCAUUAUCUCCACGAUUAGAAAAGCCAAACGAAAAGGAAAAUUAAAAUUAAUUUUUAGAUUUUCGUUAUCACCGUAUAUGAUCACAAAGCACUGUCACUGACAUAAACACCAAGUUUCUUACCAGUUUCCAGAGAAUCAAUACCAAAGAACAAAAACACACAACUUGUUUCUUAAACUAUAAGCAAGAUAAAAUCAUAUCAAAUCAUUUCUUGAUACACCGUUAUCCUAUAUGUCCAUAUAUAAAUAGAAAACAUAAUGUUACAAUCAUUAUAAAAUCUUCAUACAUUCAUACUCUAAGUCUUUUCGAUUUGUCAAUACUCAAUAGUCUCUUUCUUUAUCUGUACAUUAGGUUUUCUCAGCUGCUUUACUGCACAGAGUAUCAAUGGAGGAAGAGCUCCAUGUUUUAGCAGUAGAUGACAAUCUCAUUGACCGUAAACUUGUGGAGAGAAUCCUCAAAAUCUCUUCUUGCAAAGUGACAACAGCAGAAAAUGGGAUCAGAGCAUUGGAGUACUUAGGCUUGGGAGAUCCACAACAGACUGAUUCACCAAGUACCAACAAUGUUAUUAAGGUGAAUCUUAUCAUAACUGAUUACUGUAUGCCAGGGAUGACAGGUUUUGAGCUGCUCAAGAUAGUAAAGCAGGAAUCGUCGAAUCUAAAGGAAGUACCUGUUGUGAUAUUGUCAUCAGAGAACAUUCCUACUCGCAUCAACAAAUGUUUUGCCAGCGGAGCUCAGAUGUUUAUGCAGAAGCCACUGAAACUAUCGGAUGUAGAGAAACUCAAGUGUCAUCUCUUAAACUGCAGAAGCUGAAUAUCUGCUCUCAUGGAAUAUUUUUUUUUAAAAAGAUUGUGUUCCUAAACAAUGACAAAGAUCGUCUUGGUCAUCUCAAAGACACUUCCUGUUAUUUAUAGAUUUGUGAAAAACCCAAUAAUGAUCUCUCUUUCUCUC